AUGGAUUCUUAAUAGGAUGUUGAAUGUGAUCAAUGCUAGACAGUCCCAGAGACUUAUGUAAAAUUGGAAUGCGAUCAUAAAUUUUGUUUGAUAUGUUUGGCCUACAAUUACUUAUAAAUUCAACAAGAGAAGUAGAAUCUAGAAGAACUUGAAAGAGUGGCAGUGUGUUUCAAAUGCAAUCAACUGACUAAACUUGAUUAAGAUACAGUUGAAGCCCUUCAUAUGGUCAUCAAGGAAAUUAUAGUUCCGUUAAUUGAAUAAAAUUAAAUUAACCCAAAAUUGAAUAACGAUAGCGAAGUGGUUGAAGUGAUUGAUGAUUUACGUGAUUUGGGAGUAGAAAGUGUUGGAUCUCAACAUUAAUCGAAUCAAAAGAAUGCUAUGGCCAACGAAAGACUAUAAUUGUAUUUAGAAAGAUUAGAAAAGAGUUUUAAAUCUAAGUUCGAAGCCAUCAAGGAUAUUUAAGAUUAGAAACACUAAUUUCAAUCAAAAUGCAAAUAAACUAAGGAUGAAAUCAAUAGUUAAUAUUAGCAGUUUAUAUUGAGUUUGGAAUAAAAGAAAAAUUAGACUUUUAAUGAUAUAAACAGUCUUGAGAUGAUUCAGUUAUUGGAAAUUCAGAAAUAAGAAAAGGAUCUUGAAUAACAAAUAUAGUAAAUGGCAUAGUUUCAAGAAGAGAUCAACUCUCUUAUCUAUCAGAAUUUGAACAAGACUUAAGAAGAUAUUAGCUAAUUAUUAAUCGAUAUAGAAAAGGCUCUAAAUGCUCCAUCUUCUUCUCUCUAAAUUAAAUCUUCAAUAUUAACUACACAGAGACAAUUACUUAAAUUAUCAACAAAUGCCUAGUCCUAGUUAUGUGCCACUGUACCUAAUUUGUUAUAAGAUUUCUCGCAAUCCCUAAAAUAGAAAGAUAUAUUCAUGAGGGAUCGUAAUUCAGAUGAGAAACCUUUGGAUCCAAAACUCAAUGUUCAUUUUGAAAGACAGGAUCGACUUAGCAAGUUUAGUCCUAUUAAAUCGGAGAAGCUUAAUGAAUUAUGGCCAAAAAAUGAUAAACCUCAUCUAUCCUUGGAAAAGAAUACGAUUAGAGAGAGUAAAGAUCUCCACGAGUUUAAGGAUUAUAGAGAGAAAGAAAAGGAUAAAAAAAAUUAAAAGGUUUUGACACAAGAGAGUGUGAAUGCUAAUCCUAAAUCAAAAUUCAAAUAUGAAGAUAGUGACGAGAAGAGUAGGAAUAAUAAUUCUAAGAAACUAUUUGAUAGUUAGAUAUCUUAAAAGAAUAAUUUAGUAAGCAAAUGGAAGGAUUAAUUAUUCGAUGUUUUCGAUAAAAAAAAUUUGAAACAAUCAGCAGAAUCUCCUAAAGUACCAGAAAAACCCAAUUAUGCUUCUCGUGAUGUUCCUUAUCAAAGAGAACCCUCUACUCAUUGUCCAAGAGAGAACAAAAACUCAUAAGAAAAGAUGACCACAAAAUAGCAGUUGAUAAAUCGAGCUUGUACAAUCCAUGAUGUGUUAAAUAUGCAAUAUCAAAAUUUCAUGACCUAAAAAGAAAACCUAAUAAGAAGAUGA